AUGGAGACCAUCAAGGCAUUCCUUGAGCCACACACUGAACUAGGCGAAAGUCCUCUAUUCAGGAAGUCCGAUAACACACUCCACUAUAUCGACGUGCUCGGCUAUGCGAUCCAUGUUCUUGACUUAUCGUGCAUACCGUAUUCAAGUAGGACGAUCAACCUCCCUGAGGCUGUUGCUUCCAUGAAUUUUUGCCGACAAGGCGGAUACAUCCUCUGCACCUUCAACUCACUUGCUAUGCUGGGAGAUGAUGGGAGCUGGACAGAAUUGGUGAAGGUCAUCAAAGGUGAUGAUAGAAAGACGACAAGGCUGAAUGAUAGUGCAGUGGAUUGUAUGGGGCGAUUGUGGUUCGGCUCUCUUGAUAUCUGGCUUGAUGGAUCUGAUGCAAAGCGUCCCGAAAUCCCACAAGGAUAUGUUCCGACCGGCGGCCUGUAUCGAUACGAUCCAGAUCAGACUCUCCACAUAAUCCAACAUGGAGGGGUAGUCUGUUCAAAUGGGAUAGGCUGGACAUCCGAUCACAAGGUCAUGUUCCACACCGAUUCAUUUCGUCAAAUAAUCUGGGCGUACGACUUCGAUUCGACUACUGCAGAGAUCAAAAAUCAACGAGUCCAUAUUGAUCGACGUGGGCAAACUGGCGAACCUGACGGUCUGAUUGUUGACGACGAUUGGAACGUUUUCACCUUCAUUUGGAAUGGAUCUGUUGUUGAAAAAUACAACCCCAGAGGCCAGUUCAUUCAAAAAUGGGAGUUGAACGCUUUCCGAGUCACACACGGAGCUUGGGUUGGCCAGGAUAUGAAUGAAAUCAUAGUCACCAGUGCUAGGAAUGACGGCCGAAAAGGGGACCCUUUGAAUGAAGGUGGGGGCUUGUUUUGGUUGAAGAACGUCACGGCCAGUCAAGGAAUGCCUAAGGGGAAGUUCGAUCUUUCAUUCUAA